AGUUUGUAAGUGACGUUGGCAAUCGUCAGUAUUUAUUCUUUCUUUUUCGCGAAAUCUGCUAAUCGCCAGUACGCGCGGUCUGCUUGUUAUUUGACAUUCAUAUGUCAAAAUAUUAUAAAUAAUAUUGUUAUAUGAAUUUCAAAAGUAGACAUGGAAGGAAAAGCAAUGAAAAUAGUCAACAGUCACUGUGGCAGUUUAAUGGAACGUUAUAGUAAAUGUGUUGAAAGGCAUCCUAGUACAUGGAACACUGCCUGUUCUCAUCAAAGACAAGAACUUGCUCGUUGUUCUGAAACCCAUCCUGUUAUGAUCAAAGUAAAAAGAAAAUGCGAUUCUAUUUAUCGAGCUUACGAAAGAUGUCAGAGAUCCAAUCCUAACGACUAUUCCCGUUGCAGUUCCGGUUUUAAUGCAUUUUUGAACUGUGUGGAUCGUGUUGCUGACGAUGCUUCAAGUUCUUGAUACAUGCAGAUUUAGGCAUCAAUUUAAUGAAGAGAUAUUUAUUUUGACUGCAUUAACUUACCUAUCAUGACCCUCAUUAGAUGUUUUUAUUUGUUAAAAUUUUUGGACAACUCCUAGACACAUCUUCAGGACAAUUUAGCUAUUUUUUUUUCUUCUAAAUUAUUGUUGCAAAAUAUAUAUAUCCUGUUCAUCCACAUGAUCUGAUCUAUAUAUAUAUUUAGUAAUAUAUAUUUUGUAUAAUAAAGUCUCAAUUCUUCCUUAAA